CCAUUCAUUUGUUCCGAGUGGCCCGAUACUCGUCCAUUGUGGAUGAAUCCUUCCGGCAAUCGUCGUAGUGUCCCAAGCAAAGUUUACGGGAGAACUAACCCGGUGUUCAACAGGUGGUACUCGGUGUGCACGAAGAAUAGUUUGUUUGACGUGACUAGUUGUUCCAAUUGGCUGCUGGUCAAAUGGCCUCAGCUGACGCGUCCGAAUCCAAGACCCACCUGGGCAAACGCGGGGACGUUGAGCAGGUGCUGGAUAUCGGGGAAAAGUGCGCGGAAAUCGCAGAGCGGUGAUGGACUGGCGAACACACGUCGGCAUCACAAUCAAAUAUCAAAAUCGGCACAAUAAUGAUGGAUAACGAGCUGUCGAAUCAGGAAUUGGUGAAAUGCGUCGUGGUCGGCGACACGGCCGUCGGGAAGACGCGCCUCAUCUGCGCCAGGGCCUGCAAUAAGAAGGUCUCGCUCACCCAGCUGCUUAACACGCACGUGCCCACCGUCUGGGCCAUCGACCAGUACCGUAUCUACAAAGAGGUCCUGGAACGUUCGUGGGAGGUGGUAGACGGCGUCAACGUUUCUCUCCGACUUUGGGACACGUUCGGCGACCAUGAAAAAGACCGGCGUUUCGCCUAUGGAAGAUCCGACGUCGUUUUGCUGUGCUUCUCCAUCGGCAAUCCCAAAUCGCUGCGCAACUGCAAGGCCAUGUGGCUGCCGGAGAUCCGCCGCUUUUGUCCCAACACGCCCGUAUUGCUCGUCGGCUGCAAGAACGACCUGCGUUUCAUGUACUGCGACGAGACCUACUUGUCCUAUUUCAAGGAUCGCAACCCUUUUAUGCGUAGGCCGACCAAAGAGUGCGACCUCGUCAUGCCGGACCAAGCGAGAGCCAUCGCAUCCGACCUUGGCCUUCCCUAUUACGAAACCAGUGUGUUGACCUAUUACGGGGUGAACUCGGUGUUCGAGAAUGCCAUCCGGGCCGCUUUGGUCUCCCGACGACAACAGAGGUUUUGGCUGGCCGGUUUCAAACGCGUUCAGCGGCCGUUACUGCAAGCUCCAUUUUGCCCGCCCAAACCGUGCUACCCUGAUAUGUACGUCUCGGCCAGCACUUAUUUUGAAAAUUUUCAAACACUCUAUGCUCGGCAGGCGUACACGGAUGUGAUAUUCAUCACGGGGAGCGUGGGCUUCUCGGCGCAUCGGUUCUACAUCGCCGCCGCAGCACCUUCCCUGGCCCGGCUCAUCGCCACGGCGGCCAAUAGUGAUAUUAAUUGCUCCGAUAUUGGCACGAGAUCCUCCAGCGACUGCAGCAUGGUCAGCAGCGUGGGCGAUACGUCAGCGUCGGGCGGCAGCAGUUACCACAGCGAAGAGACCGAAUGUCUGCUGGACGUCGAUAGGACGCAUUAUUUGCGUUUAUCUAAUCGCAUCAAAGAAAAAUUAAAACGUCGCUGCAGCUUUCAGUUGACUUCUUCUGCCUAUACCAACGACCUCCGCUGUCCGCAGUUUAGCCGUGAAAUUUACCAUCCGGCUGUCCAGUCGAUCAGCGUGGAACAGUGCCAGGGGAUGGACCACAGAGGCCGGCCGUGCGUGUCGACGCAGACGGUCGUGACGCUGACCAAAAUCGUCACGCCAAACGCCAUGCGCCAAUGUUUGUGCUUCAUCUACACGGGCCAAAUCGACACUCGCCUCUGUCCACUCCAGGAAAUUCGACAAGCAGCGGAAUUCCUCGACCUUCCCGAGCUGUUGGCUUUUAUCCACAAUGUUCACAUACACGAAGAGUUCCUCAAUAACGAUGUACGCCUGCAGUAUAGACAGAUGAUUCGAUCCCGCUUAUUGGAACUCAGCUUGAAUCAAGGCCUCUACGCCGACGUGCACUUCCUGCUGGACGAUGGCAGUUGCCCAGCUCAUCGACCUUUAUUGAUGGCCCGCUGCGACGUCAUGGACGCCAUGUUCGCCGGCGAUUUCCGCGAGAGCUCAGCCAAAGUGGUGCAAAUGCCGGGCGUGAGUGAGACCACUUUCCGCCAAUUGUUACAUUAUAUCUACACGGACAGGAUCCCACCGUUGCAGGCCGUUUCCUGUGUGCCAUUGGUCGAAUUAGCCAAUCGUCUUUGUCUCUCUCGUUUGGUCCAGCUGGUCGAAAGUUACAUGGUGGCCGAAAUGCAGCGAAUCGUUGAUGCAGGCGGCGAAGUCACCAUGGAGUGCCUCAUGCUCCUCGAGCCUUGUCAAAUUCACAAUGCUGACCAGCUGGCCGACUGGUGCCUAACUUACUUGUCGACCAACUACAAUACGCUGUGUAGAAAAGCACCAAAGAUUCUCAAGUCGUUGCACUCGGAGAACCAGGCUCACUUGGCGCAUCACCGCUGGCCGCCCGUCUGGUACCUGAAAGAGCGCGAUUUCUACGACAAAUAUAUUGCUGAACGCAAAAAAGAGGAAGGCCUAAGCAAACCUUUGAAACGCAGCAGAAACAAUUCGGGUUGCCUCUGUUUUGUUGGCAAGACGAGACGAAGUGACGACAGCAGCUACCACGCAGUUUAGUUUCAUCCAUAAAAAAAAAAAAGGUUUGCAUGGUAAAACAAACAAUGACGGUAGUUUUUUUUUUUUUAUGAUGCCCUAGCUUGUAAUAGCCUAAACAAACGGUUUCUAUAAAUAUCUCAAAUAUUUUUCGUCUCGUAGCAGUUGACAAUGGAUCUGUAAAACAGGGGGCGUGCAAGGCUUAUUAUCACGCUGUUGCGUGACACGGUUUUCUCGCAAAGCCAUUACAUUUCAUUUUGCCCGAUUGUGUGCGGCAUGUGUACAGUAUCUUUGCGUGUUUUGGUCAGUGUCGUGGACACGCCUCUCCUCCUUUCCGCCCUCCGGAUCGACAUCGUGCCCCGACUCCUUUGUUUCCCAAAUGAACAACAAUAAAAAAAUCGAUAUCUCCAUAAGGAAAAUUACAAUAGGAUGUAAUUUGGGAAAGGGGGGCUUUUACCAACGUCUAUUUAAUUAAUAGAAAAGCUUGUCGCUUUGAAAGAGAUUGAAGUUGGCCGUAUUAAGAGCGAGAGAUUUCUCGGUAUCUGCUUUUUGGCAACCAGUUCAAAUCCUUCCCUCGAUCGCAAACCGCGUAGCUCCUUCGCGGUUUCUAAUUUCGCAAUCAAUAUUUGAUAUACAAGUAUAUAUUAUGUAUAUAUAGAGAUUUGCGCGCGCAUUCUAUUGCAUAACGAACCAAAAAUAAAAAAAAAACAAACAAACAAAAUGGAAUAGCGAAACACAAGUUUUAAAAAAGGGAAAAAAAAAUCAAUGCCGCUGUCUUGUUUCUUUUUUUAAUCCUGCUAAUUGAACAGCUUUAUCGCAUUACAUGAUCUAGUAAAUAUAAUCCUCCACUUGAGCUCGUCCUCUCUCUGUACUUCAUUCCCAGUUACUUGCCCGAGCGCUUCUUUUCGCUGGAUAAAAUGUUUAACGUGAAUUUCAGCAAGUUUUUUUUUUUUAACAUAAAAGACAACGAGUGGAAAUACCCUUGAUGAAGUAGAUCAUGUUUACAAUGUAAGCGCAUCCAACCAAAACGUUAAACUUGAAUGAAACAAAAGACUGCCAAUAUUACGUACUACAGCGACCAAAUGUUAUUGAUGAAAACUAACAUGAGUUCAUUUUGUUCUUCAAAGUUUUUUUCAUGGUCUUAAUAGCCGUGUUCGAAUUCGAGUCCUUAAAACAAAAAAAAAAUGUCUGUUAUUUCAAGAGAAAAAGAUUGUUGCAAAUUGCAUGUUUUGAUUAUGAUUAUGCUUUUUAACUAAGCAAAAGAUUAUCGUUCAAAUUCGUGGUUUAGUGCGCGUUUUAGUUGUGAUGGCUGUCUGUUGUAAUAAUGUUGAUCUACUUGAACUAGAUGGUAUACGUGCUGAUUUUGUUAAAUACAGUGCUGAUCAAUC